UUCCCUUGUUCUUUGCCCGGUUCACGGUUCAGCGCUCGCGGUUGACGCAUAUAUACGCAUAUAUACGCAUAUAUACGCAUAUAUAUACAUAUAUACGCAUAUAUAUACAUAUAUAUACAUAUAUAUGUCCGCGUCUCGCAUGCAGCUUCGCGCACCACGGCUCCUGGCCCCGAUCAGUCUAGUCGGUAGUGGGUUUCCUUUGUCCCUGAUGACCCAAGCGCCUCACCGAUCGAUAUGGGUCUCCUUCCCCGGGUCAAGCUGUUCCUGAAUCCAUGGGAGAACUAUGAAAAUUUCCAACAUCUUGCGGUACUCCCCCUCUUAAUGGGGCCUCCGGGAAGGAUGACUCCAUGUCCAUGUUGGGCGUGCUUCUCUUCUGGCGGCUCUUUAUGGGCGUGGGCGUGGGGGCCGACUACCCUCUAUCUGCAGUGAUCUGUUCAGAGCUUACCCCCACUCAUAUCCGGGGUCGCAAUAUGGCGGUCGUCUUCCUCUGCCAGCCCCUCGGGCAGGUAGCGGCAGCUGUCGUCGCCCUCAUCGCUGUGGUUGGCUUCCGGCACAGCCUGCCGGAUGAUCCCGAUAGUCUCAAGUGCAUCGGCUCCUGUAUUCAUGAUGUCGAUAGGAUAUGGAGGCUCAUCGUGGGCAUGGGUGCCGUACCGGCUUUCGUCGCAAUCUGGUUUCGAUUGACGAUCAUCGAAUCACCCCGGUACACCGCUGAUGUCAUGCACAACAGCUUGCAGGCUGCUGCCGAUGUUGCCCAAUUCUACCAGUCAGUCGAGAUUCCGGAGACAUCACUGUCUGAUCUGGGUCCCGAGUCGGUCCGCGGAGUCGAAGAAGACGGCCUAUCUCUCUCCCCUUUGCACACGCAUGACGACCGGCCUGCUUCGCCGGUUCUCUCUCGACGAUCGGGCUCGGUAGUCAUGGGAAGCAUGCCCAGGCCUGCCACCAGCUUUUGGAGAGACUUCAGAUCUUUCCUGAAACAGAAGCACAACCUCCGCACUCUGAUGGCCACUUCUCUGUGUUGGUUUUGCCUUGACUUACCCUUCUACGGCCUAGGCCUGAUGAAUGCGGACAUCAUCAACACGAUUUGGUUCGGGGACAAUGUUCACGGUGCAGGCAUGUAUCAGUAUCUUCUCCGGUCCUCGUACCAGAGCAUCGUGGUUGUCUCCUGCGGUGCGAUCAUCGGUAGCGUGAUAGCGGUGAUGACGAUCGACCGGUUCGGCCGGAGAAAUUUGCAGCUAUUGGGGUUCUGCUGCCUGUUCAUCCUCAACGUGAUUAUCGGUGCCGCGUUUCGCUACUUGAGCACUCACGGUAAUUCGUCUGCUUUAGUGGUGCUUUAUGUUUUGACGCAAAUAUUCUUCAACUUUGGACCCAAUACUACAACUUAUAUUGUAGGUUUGCGUGAAAUCUCCCUUCCGUUUUGUUUUCUACCCGGUUUCUCACGGAGACAUUGAACCAAAGCUGACCGUAUCUAGGCCCCUGCAGAGCUGUUUCCAACUCGAUUCCGCUGCACUUGUCACGGCAUCUCUGCUGCCUCCGGCAAACUAGGCUCCAUCGUCGCGCAGUGCUUUUUGGGAUAUGUGAAUUUUGGAAAUGGUGCCAACUGGAGAAAUGUACCGGAUUGGCUAGGAUACGCUCUGCUCUGGUAGGCUCACUAUCCCUGAUGGUGUGGAUGAAAUCUCGUCAACGAUGGCACUAACAAGUGGUAGCCUGUCGUUCUUUAUGUUGAUGGGCCUUAUUGCUACUUUGUGGAUUCCAGAAACGAGGGACUCACAAGGAAAGAACAAGUCGCUUGAGCAAAUUGCAGCGGAAAUGGAGACCAAGGAUGAAUGGCCCUUGGACGAUAUUGAAACCAAUUAUUCGCUACGAUAAGUAAUAUCCCACUUCGGACUCUCUGCUUCGGGGAAUUGGGGCAAUUACUACGGUUCUUUGGGGUAAUUGAUGCUUAGAAAUAGAAUGGUCUGGCGUACCGUUGAUUUCCUUCAUCUUGUAUCCCACGACCAAAGGCCGAAGAAGCAUGUCCAGAGACAUACUGGACAUCAUAAUCAGAUCUUACCCAAUUCAUCCCAGACUUAGAAAGAGAAUCUGAUGUCCAUCUAGGAUUGCACCGGUAUACUGUAACCCUGAACAUGACAAGGUCAUCGGCAUAAUGGAUGAUAUCGAUUUCCAGGCUCUGCACCUGAAGUGGCAAGAAGAGCCUGUCCACCACUAUGCAGCUAGUGGUCGAUUGGGAAUAAUCAAUGCCAGUGCCGUAAGAUCUCAACCUAGGCAAUUUGUCCGUCGGGGUCAAUAGGAGGCCGCGUGCGCUUUGCGGUUGUUAUGACCAAGCCUUGAGACAAAGGUCACUAGUGGGAAAGGAGGAAUGAGGAGAGUUGGCUGAAGGGGAACAGUUACCAAGUGGCGGAGCAGUUCCUGUGUAGCCAUGGAUAUAAUUAGCUGGGACAGUGUACAAAUAAAUCUGAAAUCAAGGAACUCUAAGGCGUAUAAGACAGAGGUUGCUCGGACUUGUGACGACCAUACCUGAUGUAUGACCGUCAGCAUGUGACCCUGGCACUGGCAUGUCUUAGAAGGUGCCAGCAGAUCAAACAAGUAGGGCACAGGGCUAGGGCUGAGGGCAGGCAGCUGCCCUCGCCUCCUAUUUCCUCCCCACCACGUCUUUCACCUUUUUUCCUUUUCUUCUUCUUCUCCUCAUGUACGAUAUUCCUAGACAGUACGGC